CCCCUCGGGUAUCAAUAAAGUAUCUUUGAAUUGAAUUGAAUUGAAUACAAAUGCAUGCCAUUUUUAUUUGUAUAUUUUGCUUCCACUUAAAAGUUUCACACCACUGUUUGUUGGACUACGACCUUAAUCCAAAGGAAAAACAUUAACAUUUGUAGCUGUAAUGUGGCAAAAUGUGAAAAGGUUCAAAGGUUACGAAUAUGUUUGCCAGGCACCGUAUAAUUCCAGCUUAUGAUUUAUUUAGUGGUCCGUUCUUUGACAAUGCUAUUUUAUUUUGUGUAAAACAUCCAAAACGUAGGCAUGAUUACCCUCCAAACCCUGUUAAAAAACUAUUACAAAAUGUAUUGUAAUUAUGUAAAAGAAACCUCUAAUGUAAACUGUGGGUAUGUUACAUUACAUUUGUGCACAUUAUACAACGUUUUACUCUGCCUAAUUGGCCCCCUGUGGGUAUAGUCUGCAUGAUUUUAGCCAGCUGGGGAGAGCAGCUGUCAGUCAAACUGCCUCUUUAUAACUCACCACAGGGGCUGCAUCUCUGCGUCUCAUGAUAAAGCAGAGCACAGACAAGAGCUCCACUCUUAAUCCCUGACUGAAAGCUAGGAACUUUUUUUUGAUCCAAAUACAUUUCUGUCUUUAUAUUGCUUUAUUUUUGGGAGUUUUUCCUCUCCGGUAUUUAUUUUUUUUUGUUGCCCUUCUUGCUAUCUCUGAGGUCUCUGAUAUUUUUCUUGGCAGAUCAUCAUCUCUUUAAAAUCAAUGGAUAAGCUAGUUGGAAAUAAUACAACUGUGGACAACAGCUCCUUAAACAAGUGGACAUUCAAUGAACAGGGCUUAUUCCACAAUCAGGAUCCCAGCGAGCUCAGGGUCUUGGUGCCAGCUAUUCUGGGUGUCAUCUGUGUUUUAGGCGUGGCUUGUAAUCUAACUGCAAUGGUCAUCCUGUUCUCAAAUUCCCACAGGGGCAAACUGUCCCUCAUCAACUCGCUCAUCUUCAACCUAAUGUUCGCUGACGGGCUGGUGCUGAUGUUCACAGUACCUUUUAGGGCUAUCUCUUACUCCAAAGCGAGCUGGAACCUGGGCUGGGUGGUGUGCAAGACGGCCGACUGGUUCCUCCAGUCCUGCAUGGUGGCAAAGAGCCUAACAGUGGUUUUCAUGGCAAAAGCUUGUAGUCGAUACGUGUCAAACCCGACCAGGCAGGUGAGCAUCCACCUGGGCUCCAUCCUGGUGGUGCUCUUCUUCAUCUGGCUGUCUGCCUGCUCUGUCACCAUUCCACUGUGGCUGUUUGCUAAGCUGCACAGAGAGAUCCGUGGUCUUGUGUGUGUGCUGAUGUUUCCUCUGGAAGCUAAGAACUUCAUGUCUGUGUAUGUCAAAGCAUAUCCUUUGGGGGUCUACUUCUCACCUCUGAGCUUGGCCCUGAUGUACUUUUGGAAGGCUUAUGGCCACUGCAAACGUUGCUCCAGUAAGUCUCAGAACCUGCGCACACAGAUCCGAUCCAGGAAGCUCACAUUGAUGCUUUUCAGCCUCACCUUGGUCAUGGCUAUCCUGUGGCUUCCUCAGUGGGUGGUAUGGGUUUGGGAGCGCCAUCUGGCAGAGAAAGAAACUGAUGGAGCUCAGCCACUGACUUCCUCUCCUCCCCUUUUCCUCACCCUGUCUGCUCAGCUGCUCACAUUCUCUCUGUCUUUGGUGAACCCUCUGAUUGUCCUCUUCCUCUCUGAGGAGUUCAGAGAAAGUUACCGGGGACUGUGGAGGCGUCUCACCCUGCGCAAACAGCCUCCACCUAAGCCGAAGCCAGGACCCCACAACCCUACCUCUCUCCAGUCCCCUUGUCCCAGACCAGAGACAUCAGGGCAGCUGAGGGGAGAGAGGUGGCUCCAUCUCAGCUCCAGCCAGGAAACAAGCACCGAGGCUCAGCCUUCGCUGGAGCAAGGCAAACCUAGAGGGGAAAGAGAGGUGGACAGGUUGAGCCUUAAAGAUGGGAUUGUCUUGCCUGACGUGGAGCAGUUUUGGCAGGACAGGGAGACUGGAUCGCAUACUGAUGAAAAUGAUCCGGUUCCGUGGGAGAACCAGACCCAUGAAGAGAAAAAAUAACAACCCAUUAUCAACACACCUCUCCCAUUUGCUGCAGUGUAAAUCAUUGAUGUUCUGUUUUCUGUGUGUGCAAUAUUGUUCAAAGGUAAGAACGGCCAUCAAAGUGAGUACGGACUACAGAGCAGCAUCAUCUGCAUAUGUGAUAACCUUUUGCAGUUUGUAAAGUAAUUAUUAGUGCCUGUAAAUUAAAGCUUUAUAGUAGGAUGACUCAGUUUAUUAAAACUUGCUUUCUACAUAAAGUCCGUACCAUAGAGAAUCAAAAAGCAGCCAACUCAAGGUGUUAAUAAUAAUUAAUAACGUUGACCUCUACUUAAGGUUCACAUGUGAAGUUCUUAAUUUAACUUUGAUGAACAAAAUAUACAUAUGUGCAAUCCUUGUAUUUAUGAACAUUAGAAAGUAAUGUGUAUGUAGCAGUUGAUGUGAUAGUAAAAGGUCUGUCUUUACUUUCACUGUGGGACAGAUUUGUUUGCAGCGUGUGUCUAAAUGGGAAGUGUUUUCAAUAAAUACAUUGACAAAA